UUUAGAUGCGAGAUGUCGGGAAAUAUCAAUAUCAAUUUUACCGUGAUAUUUCUGUUGAUAUUAUUUAUUCUUCAUGGUGUGCGGGCAUGGACUAUGUCGUCGUCGUUCAACGCCACGGGCUCGGACAACGGACUUUACGUGGAAUAUGCAUUCGCCGAAACACCGCCCUCACAGGUGCACUGCAGCUUUGACAUGAACAACGAUGAGGUGUACUUUAUGAACGUCACCACGGAAACCUUUAAGUUCAUUGACAUACACUACGAUACAUUCGGAUAUUACGACCUGGCUCUCAUUUGUGGCGAGGACUCCUUUGAGAUUGCCCAUGAACUUGACAAGUACAUCGGUACUGAAAUAUCUGGGGUAGACAUAAGCAAUAAAACACGAGAUAUUUUCAUUGGUGUUACAGACGCUGAAAUUUUAGACGGAAAGGAUAUAUACUUCAAUGUAGAAUUUGAAGCAGGCUUAGAUGUCACAAUUAACGUAACAGUCAAUGGGCAUACUCAAAACAAAACUGUUGCGGCCAAUGGUUCCCACAUCUUUAUACUCGACGCCGCAUGGUUCUCAAACGGUCUAUAUACAGUGGAAGUUUCUCUGGAUAAUCCCAUAUCCACAGUGAUACAGACAAACGCCAUUAUAGCAGUACAAACCGGCAUUGAGAUAUUGGCCUCCUCCUUGGUCGAGUACCUGGCCCCACCAUAUGCUGUUUCGGCAGAUCGGCGAUUCAACGUAGCUCUUGAUUUUAAACAAGGCGAAAACGUUUCGAUUGUAUGCAUGAUAAUAGACUCCGAACAGCACACUCAACAACUUGAGGCGGAAAUUUUGACAGGGCAGGUGACUGGCACUCAUAACUUCAUGUUCCUCACGUCGCUCAUUGGAAACUAUUCCCUUGAAGUGGAAGUAUCAAACUAUGUGAGCAGCUACCAGAGUACCUUUAACUUGGAAAUAAAAUCAAAAAUCAUAUCAGUGGCACUGAAUGUCAGUGAGCGCGUCGGAAUGAUAAUCAUAUGAAACACUUCGUAAACUUGUACUUUUUCCAUUAAAUAUAAACGUUAGAAACAUUUUAUCAGUUAAUGUUGUCAACGACCAAUCGUUUUAUGGAAUAUAUACAGGUUAAAUAUUGAAUAAUUCUCAAUUCUCAUUACUCCACGCAGUUACACAUACAUCAAUAAAUGUUGCUAUUGACAAUAGAUCCAUGCCAAAAGUUAUUACUUAACACAAAUUAAAUGUGAAUCUUAACUUUUGAAACUUUUGCAACUGGACCUUAAUUUAGACAAUGGCGAAUAAAAACUGCGCAUUAUUUAGGUUAACCAGUUGAACCUCGACAGUGUAGGUCCAUGUGACUCCCAAUGCGUUAAAAACAAAUGAGUAUAAUUUUGUCUUGUUUCGAACCCCUUUGUCAAAUGAUGAAUUUGUUAAACUCACUGAUACAGUGAAACUCAGAUAUCUCAUGCAUGUCGCCGGAAAAUUUGUAAAUUAUGUGUUUUUUCUCGUUAUUUCUGAUCAAGUGUCAUUAUAUUGAGU